UUUGUAAGAUGAAUUAUAAAGUUAUCAUUAUUAGUAUGUUUUAUUAAAGAAUAUAGUUGCACAAGGCUAAGAUAAUUUCAGAACAAUAUAAAAAAGUGUUGGGCAAACAUGUUGAACUGUCAUUAUGACGCGUAAGUGUGUACUGUGCAAGGAAACCAAUUACAGAAAUACUUAUAGCUUCUUCUCAGCACCAAAAGAUCCAGAGACACGUAAAAAGUGGCAAAAUGCUAUAGCCAUUGAAAAUUAUGCUGUUACUGAUGAUACAUAUGUUUGUAGUAAACAUUUUCACAAAGACGAUAUCAUUACACAUUGGGUUAGUGGAGUACCACCACAUGUUAUAACUAUUAAGUAUAAAAAAUGCAGAUUAAGACCUGGAGCUGUUCCUGGAAAGAGCUAUCAUCUCAAAGAAAAUAUACGUGUUCAAGAAAAUUUGGAUGAUCCUGAUAGCAGUAUAAAUAAAUUUGAUAAAAUAAAUACUAUAAAAGAGGAAGAAACAGAUUUUCUCAUACCCAGAACUGAAAAAAGAUUACAGAUAAAUAAUGACGAAAGUUAUAAAAUUACAUCUUUACAUUAUCAGUUUUCUCAAGAUUUUAAUGGUUAUAACUAUAAUUCUAUGGAAAAUUCUUUAAACAAAAUUAAAUUUUCAGAAAAUGGCUCAAAUGUAAAUAAUAUAUAUUAUGUUGGACCUCAAAUUAAAGAAUCUUCAGAAUAUAAUUUAAAUCAAAUGAAACAAAAUAAAUCGAUAAAUUUAAUGGAAAAAAAUGUUAUUUCUAAUAUAAAUUUGAUAGAAAAUAAAGACAGAAAAGAAAAACAAAAUCAAAUACCCAAAGAAGAUUUUUAUUGCAAUACAUCCAAGAAAGUUUUAGAGUCAUCCUCUAAAAAUUAUAUUUUUGAUGGACAUGAAACAAUGGUAUGGAAACAUAAAACAGUCAAAAAAGAUAUUCCAAAGGAAGAACUAAUAGAUAAUAAUUUUAAAGCAACAGAGAAUGUAUAUAUAAAAAACCAAAUAGUACACAAUUUAAAUUAUAAUCAGUUAGAUACAUACUACCCUAUGUUUAAUGAAAUUAAUGAAAAUGAAAUGUUGUUUGAAGAUUUACUUGAAGUAUGUACAGAAGUAUUAUUACCACGUGGUUGGUCUUGUUUAGUAACAUCAAAGGGUCACACAACAACGAUUGUAUAUUUAUAUAUGGGAAUGACAAAAAGUGGAAUGCCUUUCACAGAAAAACAAGUGUUCAUAAAAAGUGAUUUAAUGUUGCAUUGUGCUGUUGAAAAUAGGGAAAUUAAUCCACUUAUUCACAACCUCAUAAGAGAAGGGAAACAUUUAAAAAUACAAAAUUUACUAGAUAUAGAAGAAGUUAUUGACGAAUUUAAUCAAAGAACUAUCUGUCAAGGUAUAUACACCACAGAAAGAUUCCAAAAUAUUAAUCGUAUCAUAGUUGCUUAUAAAGAUGGUAUAAAAUGGAGACACGUUUUAUGUCCAUUAAUUGUGAACAAUGAUUCAUUGAGGUGUACAAAAUGUAUUUCUCUAUCUCAUACAUUACGAUACAAAUCGAAAAAUCUUAUAUUUCCUCACAAUUCUUCGAUACUUAAAAAACAACAGCAGAAUGUAGAUUCAAUUCAUCAAAGAUAUAAACGUGUAAGAAGACAAGAUCAUGGAUAUGGAUUUAUAAAAGUAUUCAAACAAUAG